AUGGGUGUUGUCCAAUCGAAUUUAAAUAAAAGGGAAAAGAAUUACAUAGUUGAACAUCUGAAUUCUAAUACUGUCUUAAAAGAAAAGGAUAACAUGAACCAAAACACUAAGAGGAAAGAUGUCCCAGCCUCCAACAACAAUUUUAAAUUUUUCUCCAAAAAUAGGUUUAAUUUAAAGGCAAAAAAUGAUAAGCUUACAAAGAGAGCGCAACCAAACGAUUCAAAAAGAACUGCAAACCUAAAGGAAACAACUAAUUCAAGGUCAGGAAAUACUAAUAACGUGAUUGAAAAGCCAGAAGAGUAUUUUCCAUUAUUUCGCUGGACACCUUCCUCAGGUUUUGAUGAUGAUUUGGUCUCGAGUUUUGAGAAACUAGUCUCAAUUAAGAGUGUGAGCUUUGAUGAUACUUCAGUGGUAUCGAGAAGGUCAGACAGAUUCAAAACAAUUACAAGAAUGGGUUCGGAUAUCAUUUCAAACUUAAAGAGAACACUAACGCCUUCAGUUUCAGAAUGCCAAAACAUCUCAGAACAUCAAUCUGCAACACAGACUCCAAAGAAUGAGAAGUUGGAGCAGAUGAGUCUUGAUGCCUUUAGUUCUAUAACUUCAAGUACAAACUACUCUGACGAUGUUUCAAUCAAUAGUGAAACAGGCUCAACGAAUGGACAACCGACGAGUUCACCACAAGCCAUAAUAUUUACAGAGGAGAAACAUGAUAUGGCACCUUCAAAACAUGAUCAAGUAGUUACGCACCAACAAAACGUGAAUUUACGCCAGAGAGAAGAACAAAUUUUACGUUACAGAGAUGAAGUUAUACACAAGAGAGAAGUGGAAAUGAGUAUCCAUGAGCACAAAGUGACGUGUAUUCCGCCAUGUUUUAGGAUAAACCCGAAGUCUGAGAAGGAAUUAAUUGAGAAGCCCAGUUACAACUCACUUUGUACCAAGUGUAUGCACAAGGAAGAUAAGAUCCCGAAGGGCUUUAAGGGUAUGAUCCUUCAACUUCCCACCAGAGGAACAGAGGGGAAACCGCGUGAAAAAUCUCCACUUUUAAACAGGUCGAAAAUCAUACCUCAAACAGCUCUAACAGACGGAACGAGUAUCCACGACGUGUAUGAAAUUAAGUCUGAGAAACUAGGCAACGGCAGUUAUGGAAAUGUACUCAAAGGAGUCCACAAAGAAACAGGAGCCGUUCGAGCAAUCAAAAUCAUACUCAAGUCCAAAAUCGAAAAUGCCAUGAGAAUGAAACGUGAAAUACAAAUAAUGAAAACAUUGGAUCAUCCGAAUAUAAUAAAGUUAUUUGAAGUGUAUGAGGACGCAGAGUGCUUGUAUUUGGUAAUGGAAAUGUGUGUGGGAGGCGAGUUGUUUGACAGAAUAGUAAGUACAAAUGGAUUCUCAGAGGCUUGCGCAGCAUCGAUCAUGAGACAAGUCUUUUCAGCAAUCGCCUACUGCCACAACAGGAAUGUGUUGCACAGGGACCUGAAGCCUGAAAACAUUCUGUACUUGAACAAUAAACCCUCGUCGACGAUCAAGAUCAUCGACUGGGGGUUCGCAACGAAGUGCUACCGAACCCACAAGUUCACUAGUCUGGUUGGAACACCUUAUUAUGUGGCUCCCGAGGUGUUACUGGGGAACUACGACAAGGCGUGUGACAUCUGGAGCGCAGGCGUCAUACUAUUCAUUUUGCUGGUUGGGUACCCUCCGUUUCACGGGAACAAUAACACAGAAAUCCUCAAUAACGUUAAGCGUGGGACACUUAAGUUCGUAGAGAAGCACUGGAGCCACGUCUCAAAGUCAGCAAUAGAUCUCAUCAAACGUUGCCUGCACUACAUUCCCAAGAACAGAAUCACAGCAGAGGAGGCACUCAACCACGAGUGGAUUCUCAGAAUCAGAACAAUUCCACUGUCAGUUGAGCCUCACAUCUCAAAGAGCCUGGCAAGACGGUUUAAGAAGUUCCUCAAGUACAACAAGAUGAAACAAAUGGCGCUAACAUGCCUCGCCUAUCACCUUAGUGAUCGUGAACUCGCACCACUCACCAACGCUUUCGAGUCACUCGAUAAGGACGGUGAUGGCGUCCUCUCACUGGCCGAAGUCGCAAACGGACUCAAACACUCUAGACAAUCCUCUUUCAACAUCCAACAAAUCGUCAAAGGAAUCGAUACAGAUCAAUCAGGAAUCAUAGAAUAUACCGAGUUUGUGGCGGCAGCAAUAGAUGCAAGAUUAUAUAACCAGAAGGAUUUUUUCAAGAGGGCGUUUAACAUUUUUGACACUGACCGAGACGGAAAAAUAACAAGGGAGGACAUGUACCGCGUGUUCUCAACCGAGUCAAUGUCUCCACAGAUGACGCAGGAAAUGGUCGAAGACAUCCUGGAAGAGGUACUGAACACUAGACUCAUUUAUGCCUAG